ACAAAAUUUACAUAAACAUUUUUUUUUUUAAUUAACCCAAUUUGGAAAUUUCUUAAAAUUCUAACUAUUUUUACUACUUACCAUUCUCAUUGCAGUGUCAAAUGGGCCAUUUAAUGUGUGCCGCUUGUUUUACACAUUUACUCGCUGAUGGACGUUUACGCGAUCAAAUUGCCACCUGCCCAAAUUGUCGGGUUGAGAUUUCAAAAAGCACUGCAUCACGUAAUCUGGCCGUGGAGAAAGCCGCCUCCGAGUUGCCCAGCGAGUGUCAAUAUUGCAAUAAAGAAUUCCCAUACAAGUCGCUGGAUCGCCAUGAGCAAUACGAGUGCCAGGAACGGCCUACAAACUGCAAAUAUUCACGAAUUGGCUGUCAAUGGCGUGGACCGAAUCAUGAGACUACUGAGCAUGAACGCAACUGUUUGCAUCCCACAAAAUCGGGUUACGAGGUAAUGGCUGCACUGGAAGCCCAUGAUGCCAAAAUUAAGGAGGAAAAGAAAAUGUUUAGUACACUUAUAGAUUUGCUGAGUUAUGAAAAGAUUAUAUUUAAUGAUUUACAAAUGAAACCCUAUCGUACCGAUGAAUAUGUACACAAAUUAUUCUAUGAGACGGCUAGAUUUACGGCAUUCAAUCAACAAUGGGUGGUAAAAGCACGGAUUAAUAAUAGUCAACGUGAUCCGCACCAAUCAAAUGAACGUACCAUAACGUAUCAGUUAAUUUUGAAAACAAAAACCAGCACACCCAUGAGUAUUCAUUUCUUUGCUUUGAAAGGACCCUUCUCAGAUAUGAAGGUGGCUACACAAAUCUACAAACACGAAUUUACAGACCAAAGUAGCGAAAGUGAUUAUUACAUACUACCACUGCCGGAUAGCUCGGAGUGCAAUAGGCUCUUAUCGAACAAAGGAAUCAAUUUCCGGUAUGACGCAAUCAUUUACGUAUUCGUAUAAACGAUAAUUAUUUUGCUAAUUACUUUCUCUUUUCAGUCUCUUGAUGUUUUUGCUUAAUAAAUAAAUAAAUGUUUACUAAUUUAUUUAUAUUUGCAAAGAAAUGAUAUAAGUAUCUAUAUAUAUAUAUAUUUUUUCGAUUCAAUAAUAUUUCAUAGUUUAAGCUAUGUUUUACAUAUAAAUAAGUCGUUUAUAAUACUUAAAGUUUAAUUCAUUAGGUACGCAUUGAUUUGAAGCGGGUAGCAGUGCGAAAAAAGGGUAAAUUGGCGGCACUCGAUUUGUCAAUCGUCGUAAAACUGCUAAACAUUGAAUUUUAUAUUUUGUAUACAUACAUAUAUAGUAUGAAUCGUUUAUAUUGAAAGUGGCAUAAGUCAUUUCCACCUCUUAACAAAACACAAUGACAAAACAUACCUUUGGCUGAUGAAGUUGAAUGAAUAACAGAUGCGUUGAGAUACAGGCGAAUGAUCGCUGAAGUCAAAUGGUAUGAAAUGACUUAUGCCACUUUCAAAAUAAACGGUUCAUAUGCAUGUAUUGAGAGUGUUCUAUCAAAAUCGUACAUAUACAUACCUAUAUUUUUAUUAUGAUAAUUUGUCCACUAAAGUUAUAUACAUAAAUAUAUAUAUAUUUUAAGUGAAAUUAAAGUUAAACUAAUAUUUACACACUCAUAUAUGUAUGAAUGUACAUCCAAAUACACAUAUUAUGUAAGCGCAUGCUCGUACAUUACAAAAACAUGUGGACAAAAGUAGAAAAAGAUGCUAAAAGUUUCGUCGAACACGAACACACGUAACACAUCUUAAAAUUACUAUAGUUAAAAUUAAAACAAAAAUGUUCUUUGACGUCAACUCAAAGACGAACUAGGUUUAGAAAAAUAAAGCCGCCAUGCGUUUUCAUUUAAUAUGCCUUCACAUAUUCUACUAUAUAUAAAUAUUUAAAUGACAAUUGAUUUCUAAAAUUUUGGCUGCUUAAAGGCGGGGUCCAUCGUUCUAGUUUAGAACUUUUAUUCCAUAUAGUUGUUGUUGUGUUUCUCUCCCAAUUCGGAGAAAGAGAACAACUGAGAAAAGUUCUGAACUCUUUUGAGUUGUUAACUGAAUUUCAGCUUUAGUUACGAACAUUUUUGAUAUUGCAUUUCGGUUCUGAAAACUUUAUAAAUUUAUUUAAAAUUACUUAAAAGGAAAAAUUAAAAUUGGCAAAAUAACUUCAAAUUUCCAAUUGCUAAAGUUGUAAUUUUGACAGCACGAACUAUUGAAUGAGUGAUGAAUCUACCUUCAGACCUUUAUCUUCGUUUAAGAGGAUGGGUAAGUGAAAAAACCAGUGAACCAGAACGAUAAAUCCGCCUUAAAAUUAAUUCUUACUUACAUACAUUAUGUACCUUCAGUAUCUUCUCCAACCACAAUUCAAUAAACAUACUUCUAAUUUUCUAAGCGUUUGUCGUACUGCAAUAAUUUUUUUCUUUUCAUAAUCGUUGAAGCUUAAGUUAUGUAUACACAAUUCUUGUUAACACUUGAUAAAUUAAUAAAAAUAAUCGAGGGUAGAAUUUCAUAUGUAUGUGUAAGGAUCUCAACAUCGCUAUAACAAAAUAAAUUUAGAUCAGCGUAAUAAGAAAUAAUAAUUAAAAGUAAAUAUAAUUGCAUAUAUUUAAUCUUCAAAUAAAGUUAAUAGCUAAAACAAUAAUAUUAAUGUACCAAAUAAAAAUUCAUUUAUAUACAUACAUACAUAGUACGUACAUACAAAUCAACACACAUUGUCAUUAUAAUGAAUGCAGAUGUUCACUUUCUUCUCGCAUAACAUACACCAUAGCGUACAUGCAUACACACAUACAUAGGUCAAUGUACUGUAGAUUGUACACUGCAGCGCUUAUAAAUAUUAAUAAAUAAAUGUAUUACAUACAAAUUUAAUUUGUAAUGCUUCUAUUAAAACAAUAAGGAUACCCGUGUCGAUAAGUCACGUCACUGUAAGAGCCAACACCACUCGAUAAGUUGUAAAAUGACAAAUGACACAAGUCGUCAAACUAUUAAAUCAUUAAUUAGUAAACUCAUAUGAUUUUUUUUUCUGCAUCACUUGAGUACAUAAAUACAUACAUAUGUGUUGCAAAAUUUUCAACGGUUAGCAAUAUUCGAAUUUCUAUUACAGCUUUAUGAGUUCAUCAAUUUGUUCACAGUUCGUUGGAGUUUAGGUUUACACUACUUGCAGUUACCAAUUAUUUGCACUCGGUUCAAAAUUAGACGUUAGUUCAUCUUAAUCACAGUAUGAAAAGAAAGUCACAAUCACUCAGUCAUUCCUUUGAAAUAUCUGUGUAUCCCGAAAUUAGACAUCUAAUAGUGGAAAAAUAAGUCACAAUUAAAAAAAAA